AUGACUGAUCCUGCUUGGAAUGAAUUUAUAAAAUAUCUACCAACAACACCAAAAGGGCAUCCAGUUGCCAAAUGUAUUCACUGUAAUCAUAAACUAUUAGGCCAAGCACAACAUCUUUGUGCACACUUAGAUUCUUGUCAAAAAUAUUCAAGUUUUUUAAAUUCAAAUCAAAAUGAAUUUAAUUUAUUAUCUAGCACUAUUACUCAAAAAGACUCUAACUUACCACUUUAUCCUUUCUUGUCACAUCAAUUAAACCCUAUUGAAAAACAAACAAUUGACAAAAAAAUUGCAUGCGCAUUUUAUGCAAGUGGUAUUCCACAUGCAUUAAUUGAAAAUGAUUUUGUUAUCACAGCUUUAAAAUCACUUUGUCCUACUUAUAAUCCACCAUCCUGCUGGUUACUUAGCAAUAAUUUGUUAAUUAAUGAAUAUAAAGAAAUUAAAGAACAAAUUCAAAAAAUUUAUUCUAAAGAAAAAUUUAUUUCCAUCUUAACAGAUGGAUGGUCGAAUCAACACAAUGAAUCAAUUAUUAAUUAUAUGACUUUAACAACACAUGGUCCAAUUUUUUUUAAAUCAAUGGCAACAAAAACUCAUUCUCAUAAAGCUGAAUAUAUUGCAGAAGGAAUUCAAAAAGUUAUUUUAGAAUUUAAAGAAAAUUUUGUAGUUUCAGUUGUAACUGAUAAUGCAGCUAACAUGCAUGUAGCUUGGAAUAUUCUUCGUACCAAAUUUUCUUCUAUUCUUUUUUAUGGAUGUGCAGCACAUUCAGCAAACCUGAUUAUUUCUGAUAUUUUUAAAAAAUCUAAUUCUACUGACGAUGAAUUACAAUGGGCGCAUAAUACAUUAGAAAUAGCAAGUAAAAUUACUAAUUAUUUUAAUUCCCAUCAAGUAGUAAAAACAUAUCUUCAUGAAACUCAAAAACAAGAAAUGAAUAAAACUGUCGCAUUAGUAAAUCCUAUAAAAACAAGAUGGGAAACUCAAUUAGCAGUACUUGAAAAAUUAUUAGAGUCAAAAAGCA